ACACUCUUCACCGAGAUGGACACACUGCAGCAAGAAGGAGAUGAGCUGGAGUGGAAGGAGUCCGCCAGGUGGGUGAAGUUUGAGGAGAAGGUGGAGGAGGGAGGGGAGAGGUGGAGCAAACCCCACGUCUCCACCCUGUCCCUCCACAGUCUGUUUGAGCUGAGGACCUGCCUGCAGACUGGCACCGUACUGCUCGACCUCGAAGGCUAUUCUCUGCCACAGAUAGUCGAUGACAUCAUCGAGCGUCAAAUCGAGGAGGGCAUGCUGUCUCCGGAACUGAGGGAGAAGAUCAGCUUUGUGUUGCUCAGGAAGCACAGACACCAGACCAAGAAGCCAAUGCACCGCUCCCUGGCUGACCUGGGCAAGUCCAGCUCCGGACCUGCCCCACGUGAGUGUCCAACGCCUGGCGCUGGGGCCAGCUACAACCGUUCCGUAGAGGACCUGCGUGUGAAGCAGCAGGCUGGCAGCUAUGGUCGUCUGCGUCAUGCCCAAAGUAGGAGUAUGAAUGACAUUGCAGACACUCCCAGCACAGACCAGCUGAAGAAUAAGUUCAUGAAAAAGAUCCCUAGAGAUGCAGAGGCAUCCAACGUGCUGGUGGGGGAAGUGGACUUUCUCGAUAAACCGUUUGUGGCCUUCAUUCGCCUGGCCCAAGCUACAACUCUGGGGGGACUAACAGAGGUCCCUGUCCCCACCAGAUUCCUGUUUAUCCUCCUGGGCCCCCAGGGGAAAGCCAAGUCCUAUAACGAGAUUGGCCGGGCCAUAGCGACCCUGAUGGUGGAUGACCUCUUCAGUGAUGUAGCGUACAAGGCCAGAGACAGAGAGGACCUCAUUGCAGGUAUCGAUGAGUUCCUAGAUGAGGUCAUCGUCCUGCCUCCUGGAGAGUGGGAUCCCAAAAUCCGCAUCGAGCCUCCGAAAAAAGUCCCCUCAGCCGACAAAAGGAAGUCAGUGUUCUCCGUGAACGAGCUGGGCCAGAUGAAUGGUACAGCUGGAGGGGGUGGAGGCCUCAGUGAAGAUGAGCAGAUGCCUGCUCCACACGAGUUAGGAGAGGAGCUGGCCUUCACAGGGAGAUUCUGUGGGGGUCUGUACCUGGACAUUAAGAGAAAGCUACCUUGGGUGCUCAGUGAUUUCUGCGAUGGCUUCCACAUCCAGUCCAUCUCAGCGGUGCUCUUCAUCUAUCUGGGAUGCAUCACUAACGCCAUCACUUUCGGUGGGCUGCUUGGAGACGCCACUGACAACUACCAGGGUGUGAUGGAGAGUUUCCUGGGGACAGCUCUGGCAGGGACAGUUUUCUGUCUGUUUGGGGGCCAACCUCUCAUCAUCCUCAGCUCCACAGGCCCCAUCCUCAUCUUUGAGAAACUCCUCUUCGAAUUCAGCAAGAGUAACAAUAUAGACUACAUGGAGCUGAGGCUGUGGAUCGGGAUCCACUCCUGCUUCCAGUGUUUCCUGCUGGUGGCCACAGACGCCAGCUACAUCAUCAAGUACAUCACCCGCUUCACCGAGGAGGGCUUCUCCAGCCUCAUCUCCUUCAUCUUCAUCUCCGACGCCAUCAAGAAGAUGGUGGGCUCCUUCAAGUACUACCCCAUCAACACCGACUUCAAACCCGACUACGUCACCGCUUACAAGUGCGAGUGUCUGGCCCCAGACCCCAUUCCAGUGCCAGAUAACAGUUCUGCUCUAUUUGGGUUGAAUGUAACAGCUCUGGACUGGAGCCAGCUGAGUAAGAAGGAGUGUGUGAAGUAUGGAGGUUCACUAGUGGGGAAGACCUGCAAGUACGUCCCAGACCUGGCCCUCAUGUCCUUCAUCCUUUUCUUCGGUACCUACUCCAUGACCGUCUCCCUUAAGAAGUUCAAGUUCAGCCGUUACUUUCCCACCAAGCUGAGGAAGCUCAUUAGUGACUUCUCCAUCUUCAUGUCCAUUAUGACCUUUGUGGGUCUGGACAUGUUGAUAGGACUCAAGACUCCCAAGCUUAUCGUACCCACUGAGUUUAAGCCCACUCGUCCAGACCGCGGUUGGAUCGUUCUGCCGUUCGGGAAGAACCCCUGGUGGGUGUAUGUGGCCAGUGCCGUCCCUGCUCUGCUCGUCACCAUCCUCAUCUUCAUGGACCAGCAGAUCAGCGCCGUCAUCGUCAACCGCAAGGAGAACAAACUGAAGAAGGGCUGUGGGUACCACCUGGACCUGUUCUGGGUGGGGGUCCUGAUGGCCGCCUGCUCCUUCAUGGGCCUUCCCUGGUACGUGGCCGCCACCGUCAUCUCCAUCGCCCACAUCGACUCUCUGAAGAUGGAGAGUGAGUCCAGCGCCCCUGGGGAGCAGCCCCAGUUCCUGGGAGUUCGAGAACAAAGGCUGACAGGAAUACUGGUCUUCAUCCUCACCGGAGUCUCCAUCUUCCUGGCUCCCAUUCUGCAGUACAUACCGAUGCCAGUGCUCUACGGUGUCUUCCUUUACAUGGGCGUGGCUUCUCUCAGUGGCAUUCAGUUCUGGGAUAGGAUCAAGCUGUGCAUGAUGCCUUCAAAACACCAGCCAGACUUCCCCUACCUGCGCCACGUUCCUCUGAGGAAGGUUCACCUCUUCACCCUGGUCCAGAUUGUCUGUCUGGCUGUGCUCUGGGUUCUCAAGUCCACCUUUCUGGCCAUCAUCUUCCCUAUCAUGAUCCUCGGUCUGCUGUUGGUCCGUAAGAUGCUGGACAUAAUGUUCUCUCAGCAUGAUCUGGCCUGGGUGGACGACGUGCUGCCUGGGAAGGAGAAGAAGAAGAAGAAGGACGAUAACAAGAAGAAGCCCAAAGACAUGAAGAAGUCGCGAGUGGACGACAGCGACGACGAGGAGAAGUACCAUCCUUACUCCAACUGUUCCCCCAGCUCCGAGUCUGACCUGGAUCGCAGCAUCACCCUGCAUCUGAAGAUCUCCUGCCCGUCGUCCCCAGCCAUGCCCAUGGGCCGAGGGAUGCCCUGCCCCGUGCCCCAGGUCAAGAUCCAGGUGGAGUCGGACUACGAGGACUCGGACACGGAGCAUAGACACAGGGAAAUGAGCGGCGAGACCACGCUUUAG